AUGGAGCUCUCAUUUGUUUCUCCCGCCAGGUGCGAAUUACGCUCUGUGAUUAAUUUUUUGUGUGCAAAAAACGUUCCUCCGGUGGACAUUCAUUCCGAACUGUGUGAGGUGUACGGGGAAAAGUGUAUGAAUGUGCAACAUGUCUGCAAAUGGUGCAGAGACGAACAACGUUCUGGCCGGGCAUCAUUUUCGGACAAAGCGAUUGCGAAAGUGGAAGCAAUGCUGAAAGAUCGAAGGGUAACUGUUCGGAACCUCAGCGAGAUGAUCCCUGAUGUCAGCGAGUCCUGCAUUCACAACAUUUUGAGAGACCGCUUAGGAUAUGCCAAGGUUUGUGCAAGGUGGGUCCCGAAAAUGCUGACGGAUGACAACAAACGGCAACGUCCGCACACCGCCAGUGCCACAACUGUUCUCAUCAACAGAUUUGGAUGGAAUACUGUCACACACCCCCUUACAGCCCAGACUUGUCCCCCAGUGAUUAUUGCCUCUUCUCUGAAUUAA